AUGGCUCCCACAACACACUUUCGCGCCUGCCUGGGCAACGGUGAUGUGCGCAACGUCGAGCUCGACCCGCAGCUCGAGCGGCGAGACGAGGGCGGCCGGCAGCGCGGGCUGCCCUGCUUCGGCGCGCCUCGCCAAGCGGCGGACGCCGACGACUACGCACUGCUCGGCUUGCGCGCCGAGCCGCCCCCGACCUCCGCCGCCGUCGGCGCCGCCUUCCGUGCGCUGGCGAUGGCGUCGCACCCCGACCAGCUGCCUGGGCUGAGCGAGAGGGAGCGCGCGGACGUGACGAGGCGCUUCCGCAGGCUGCUGGACGCGCACGGGCGGCUGCGGCGCAAGCACCGCGCUGACGAGCAAUGA